GAGUAGAAAACUGCCCCUCAUAGUGCCAGUUUUACCAGGAAAUACCAAGCAAGAGUUUCGUUUUAGCUUGUGUGGGUUAGCAGGUGUAGUUUGCUAGCACUUAAGCUAGCUUUAGACACUGCAAAUACUUUUGUGGCUAUGGGUUUUUGGUUUAGUUUUAGCGUGACCUUGCUUCUGUCUUUCUGGGCAACUGUGAAAUGUGAUCAAAUCCCCAAUGGAGUUCUUCAUAUGGAGUGUCAUGAUCGUUCCCUCAUGAUAGCUGCUGAUCUCUCCUUUACCGGGGAUGAACCUCGCUUUGAGGCUGUUGAUGAGACAGGUGUGUAUCCCAUCACUGUGCAGUAUGCAGCAGAGUGUGGAUACUGCAUCAGAGUUCUUCCUGUACCUGACCGCGUGGAGCUCCGAGCUUCUUACUUCAGCUGUCACACCAACAACAAAGAUGAUGAAGUGUUUACGUUCAACUUCAACCUGAUUGCGACUCAUGAAGGACAGGAGGUCUCCUACGCCUUGAAUAAGACCUGUUCUCCAUCUCUCCCCUGGUCUCCCAGAGAGGUUACCUGUGAGCUCAACUACAUGGAGGUGUCUGUGAGGAGUGAUGUGACCUGUCCAACUGGAACAAAGCCAAAUGACUGGGAUGCUACAGUCCAGACUGCAUAUAGUGGAGCCACAUCAGACUGGCAGGUGAUGUUUCAAAAGGAUGAUCCAGUACCUAUGAACCUCACUGAGGCUCAUGAAAGGGGUUACGCAUUUGACUUGACUGAUGGAAGGCUAGUUUUUCGUACACCAUAUGGACAACCUGACUCAUUCAGCACUGAGGUGAAUGGUGUUCCAGUAGAGGUCGUCCAUGCGACUCUGUUCUCCAGACAAAGCUGGGUCGUCCUCAUGGUGGACCUGGUGGCUGCAUGCUCCAUGGAUGAAGGCUCGUAUGACGACAGCGGCUACAUGAUGUGGCAGACUCCAGAGGUUCUCCACCCGCUGGUAUCUGGUCAGCAUGCGAUGCAGAUCAACACUGGAGUCAAUGGUGAACCUGUGGAGCAGCAGGUUGCAGAGCAGAGGGGCUACAUAGUGGAGAAACACAACAACACAGUGCAGAUCAGCAUCCCUUAUAAUGCUGAAGGGGGAUACAGGAAGAGCUUUGUGUCCGGUGACCUGUUUGAGUACUACGUCUUUGAUCUGUGCUUGGAGAAGCUCUUUGUGGAUGGGGAUCACGUGGACACCAGACUCCGCUUUCACAGGACACUGGCCACUCCCUUGCUGCCAUACUUUCUUUUCACAGUAAACCGAACAGUCCUGGAGGAGCUCACCUUCACAGUCUACCUUGGAGAUGUCCCUGAAGAUGUUGAAUUGUUUGCCGUUUUUAUGAAUGGAGAAGAAUUCACAGUACCGUUUAUGAAUACAAGCAGCCACACAAUCACAAAAGUAGUUCAUCCCAACAACACUCACGGCUACACUCUGAAGGUGCCUUUUGAUGACCCUGUCGUCAUUCAGCAGUUCAUCAAAGAAGAUGAGAGGCUGCAGCACAGGCUGGACAUCAACUACACACUGACUGUGCUGCCUGAAAACCAGCCGUUUUACCACCUUGCUUCAGUCAUGGCAUUAAUGGAUGUCUCUCCUCCCAUCUUUGAUGCUGUCUGUUCUGAGUCUGGGAUCAGCUUCAGACUGGACCACCGGCCUUAUGACUAUCUGUGGCUGAUCACCAUUGGCUCAGACCCGCUGACAUCAGAGCUGGUGGCCCAGCACGGCUACAUCAUGAGCAAUGACAGCCAGAGUCUGCUGCUCGAGGUGCCGCUCUUCACUCACGGCUACGAGUACAAGGAAGUUACUCUGAAUGGAUUCUCUGGCACUUUUGAGAUCCUGGUGAGAGAUCCUGAAACCUUUACAGUCCAGAGCUCCACUGUUAAGACUUGUCCCUUCUCCAGCACUGAAUUCAUCAUGUGUUCGACUGAUGGGAGGAUGACUGUAGUGGCUGAUCUGUCUCUGGCCGUCCCACAUAGAGGAGUUCCUGCCAGAACAAACCUGCUCGACAAAUUCUGUGGCCCUAAAGAGACAGACAACACCAGGGCUUUCUUCUCUUUCCCACUUAACAGCUGUGGCUCCACAGUCAAGCUUGGCAAGGAAUAUGUGACAUAUGAGAAUGAGAUUUUCUUCAGUAAGUUGUCACGUGCUCUGAAAAAUCCAGCAGACUCCAGCACUGACAUUGACAGGGUGAUAAUUCAGUGCACAUAUCCUUUGGCUGGUCUGCAUCGUCUCUUCUCAGUGUACAGGUUUGAGUCUGACUCUGAGGGCGUUGGCAGUAUCGUACAUUCGGCACACUCCACUGAAGGUCUCAUCAGUGCAACCAUGGAGCCCACAACUGUUGUACAAACACGAGUGACUACCAGACGCACCAGAAGGCCCGUCUCUAGACGACCCGGCUACUAUCCUGCAGCCCAGCACAUCAAAGUGUCCAGCUUUCUGAGGAAUAUCUCUCAAAAAGGAGCAAGAGGACAAAUGCAAACCAAAGUGAAUGUUUUACUUUGAGUGUUUUUAAAAUGCAAAUUAAAGAUGUUUUGUAAAAUGA